AUGGGUAAAGACAUUAAUUCCUACAAUCUUCUUGAUGAUGACAUCUGUUUUGAUGAAGAAGAAUUUCAAUCUAGAGAAAUCGAUGAUGAAUUGGCUGUUGAAAUUCCAGAAGAAGAUAUUGCCGCAUCAGAAUCUCUUAACAGUGAACAAAAACAUAUCUAUAAUGCAGUGCUGGAAAAAAUAUUUGCCAACCAAAAUGCUGCAUUCUUUGUAGAUGGCCUGGGUGGGACAGGGAAAACAUUCUUAUACAAGGCACUUCUCGCAACAGUACGAUCAAGAAAAUUGGUUGCACUUGCAACUGCUUCAUCAGGCGUUGCCGCCUCUAUUCUUCCGGGAGGUCGAAUGGCACGCUCACGUUUCAAUCUUCCACUUGAUACUGACAAAAGAAGCACGUGUUUUGUCAGCAAACAAAGUGCCCUGGCAAACCUACGUCGUGCAGCAAAAUUAAUAAUAUGA